GCGAGGAGGAGGGAGGGUCUAGGGAGGAGAGGGUGGUCUGCAAACAGGAUGAAGCACCUCUGGCUAUUGGCUUUGAUUCCGCUCACGCGAGGUUUAUCCUGCACCAGAGCCCCCUGCAAGAAUGGAGGAACCUGUGUGAGACACUCCAACGAAACCUUUUCCUGCCUGUGCCUUGCUGGCUAUGUGGGAGACAUGUGCCAGUUUGUAAACCCCUGCACCCCUGGGCGCUGCCAGAACAAGGGCAACUGCUCCCUGAAGAUCCUUCCUUCCCCAAACCCACCUGCCUACAGCUGUGUGUGCCCCCCUGGUUUCACUGGGGAGGAGUGCCAGGGGGUGGUUGGAGAUCCUUGCUUUCCUUCACCCUGCCAACAUGGAGGAACUUGCCAGCAGCAACCUGGAAACCAGUAUCACUGUCAGUGCAUGUCAGGAUGGACAGGAAAGAAUUGCCAGCUCAUGGACUUCUGCCCAGCGAAUCCCUGUGCCAAUGGGGGAACUUGCGUCAUCACCUACCCAUUCAUCGUUUGCCAGUGCCAAGCAGGGUUUGAGGGGCACACCUGCCAGCAUGAUAUCAACGAGUGCUUUCAGGACCCCACCCCCUGCCUCAAUGGAGGCAGCUGUAUGAAUAACAUUGGCUCCUUCCGCUGCGUCUGUCCACCCAGCUCCACCGGUCCACGCUGCCAGUACCGUCUAGGGCCCUGCUCCCCAGGGGUCUGCCUCCAUGGUGGCACCUGCCACCAUGUGGGUGAAAACCACCAUGGCUGCCUGUGUCCACCAGGUUACACGGGGCAAUACUGCGAGGUGAAUCCAGAUGACUGUGUGGGCCAUCAGUGUCACAAUGGGGGCACUUGCCAGGAUGGAAUCGGAUCAUUUUCCUGUCACUGCCCCACAGGUUGGACAGGGCUUCUUUGCCAUCUGCACGAUGCCUGCCUCAGCAGCCCAUGUCAUCCUGAUGCACACUGUGACACUGACCAUCUGACUGGACAUGCCAUCUGCACAUGCCAGCAAGGUUAUGCUGGAUCCACGUGCUAUGACGACAUCAAUGAGUGCCAGAUGGACUCGGAUCCGUGUGAACAUGGCGGGCACUGCCAGAACACCCCCGGGUCCUUUGCCUGCCGUUGCCCUGAGGGCUACACGGGCUCACGCUGCGAAUCAAACCUCAACGAGUGCCUCAGUCAGCCUUGCCAUAAUGGAGGCUCCUGCCUUGACCUGCUGGGCCAGUUCCAAUGCCUCUGCCUCUCCGGCUUCACAGGGUCAUUGUGUGAAAUGGAAGAAUGCACCAGAGGCCACUGCAUCAAUGGGGGAACCUGCCUUCCACAGAGCCAUGGAUUUGUCUGCCAAUGUCCUCCAGGUUUCGAGGGACCCCGAUGCAUGGUGGAAGUGGACAGCUGUGCCAGUAGCCCCUGCAGAAACGGGGGACGGUGCCAGAAUUAUGCCGGGACUUUCUCUUGCACGUGCCUUCAAGGUUUCGAGGGGCCCCAGUGUGAGAGAGACGUGGACCCCUGCUACAGUGCCCCCUGUGGUCACGGAACUUGCGUGAAUUCACCAGGCUCCUUCACGUGCGUUUGUUCCCCGGGUUACACAGGACUCCGCUGCACAGAGCUCAGUGACCCCUGCUGGAAUUGGCAGUGCCUCAACGGGGGCAGUUGCCAAAGGACAGAGUCUGGACCGCACUGCCUAUGUUCACCAGGUUGGACGGGUAACAACUGUGGCACGGAGAUAGAUGCCUGUGAUUCCAGACCUUGCCACCAGGGGGCCACAUGCCAGAGCCAUCGGGGUGCCUUCAACUGCAUCUGCCCCAGCGGCUACGUAGGUGCAACGUGCAACAAGGACGUGGAUGAAUGUGGAUCGAGCCCUUGCCUCCAUUCUGGAUCCUGCCUCAACAGCCCUGGAAGUUUCAGCUGUCACUGUCCUGUGGGUUACACAGGACCGAUAUGCCAAAUAACCCUGGACCUUUGCUCACCCAACCCCUGCAAGAAUGAAGGCCAAUGUGUUGUGGAGGAGUCUGCCCCACAUUGCCUCUGCCCCCCAGGCUGGAGUGGAUCGCAAUGCCAGAAAAAGACAAGUCAAGUUGGAGACAAUUGUACAGAUCAGGGCGGGGGAAAGGGCUGUCAGUGCCUGUCUGAGGAGAAGUGCCGAAAUGGAGGUGUCUGUACCAAGACAACAGACGGAUACCGUUGCCUGUGCCCACCAGGGACCAAAGAGCCCAAUUGUGACGUGGACCCCUGUUCUCUUCCUGGUGUCCACUGCUACCACAGAGGCACCUGUGUAGCUCAUCCUGAAGGAUUCUCUUGCAUCUGCCCAGCUGGCUAUGUUGGCAAGCAGUGUCAGGGGGUAGUGGACGCCUGUUUCUCUCAGCCUUGUCAUCAACCUGGUGCCCACAAUUGCCAGUCCAGUGCUGAGGGCUUCCGAUGUGUGUGCAUGCCAGGGUACACAGGGGUUCUGUGUGAAUCUGUGGUUGACAGUUGUCGAUCAAGCCCCUGCCUCAAUGGUGGCAGCUGUGAUACAGUGCCUGAUGACCCCCUUGGAUUCACCUGCCACUGUCCCCAGGGCUACGAUGGAGCCACCUGUCAUCAGCAGGCCCCUCUUUGCAGCUCCUUCUACUGUCACAAUGGAGGCCUCUGCAUUUCCCGUCCAUCUGGGCUCCGGUGCCUCUGCAGGGGAGGGUUCUCCGGGCCAGACUGCCGCCUGCCCCAGUGCUCUCCAGGCUCCUGCCCUGCCACCAACAUCACCACUGCCUUUGAGUGCCAGCAGGUGGCCAGAGACGGCCAUUGCGACCGGGCCUGCAGCUCUCCCGAGACCCACUGGGACGGAGGUGACUGUUCCCUGGGAGUUCUUGACCCCUGGGAGAGAUGUCCAAAGCUCUGCAGGAGGGCUUUCCAAGACGGGCAGUGCCAGCGUCACUGUGAUAAUGAGGAUUGCCUAUACGAUGGGUUUGACUGCAGCCAGCAGAUGAAGUGCAACCCACUGUAUGAGCGAUAUUGCUGGGACCAUUUCUCAGAUGGACACUGUGAUGGAGGCUGCAACAUGGCCCCCUGCGGCUGGGACGGAGGAGAUUGCUGGUCUCAUCCUGACCCCCUGGAGGACACCACAUUGGGCUUGGCUGUAUUACUCUCCCGGGAAAACCUGACCCACUUUCUGCGUGCCUUGACUCUUGCCGUGCGGGGGGUAUUCCGAGUUCAGCGGGACCCCCAAGGCAGAGAGAGGAUUUACCCCUACACAGGGAAGGAAUUGCUUGGAAACACGAGUAAAUGGACCGGAGGCCAGGGGAUGGCUUCUGCGGAGACCAUCGGGUUCACUGUCUUCCUGGCCGUGGAUGGGAACCGCUGCUCAGGACAGUGCCCCACAUCCCCCAAAUCUGCACUGAAUUUCUUGGGUGCCAUAGCAGCCAAAGGAACCUUUGAAUUACUCAUCAAAUACCCAGUGAUAGCUGCCUGGCUUGAGUCUGUAAAAAAUGCUCCAGAGGCCUCAGUUUCCCAUUUUCCUACGCCCCUCAUUUACACUGCCGUGGCUGCAGUCCUGGCAAUAGCGUUGGGCAUCUUCAUCGGAGUCUGGAAAACCCGCCGUCCCCAGCCACGCGAACACGGUUUCCUCUGGUUCCCACCUGGAUUUGCCCCACGCCAGGGCAAGAAGCGGCGCUGCCGUAGAGAUCCUGUUGGAGAAGACGCAAUUGGGCUCAAGCCAACGAAGCCAGGUGCUGAGUUUGAAGAAGAUGCUGACAUGUGCUCUGGGCCGCAUUAUGAUGGACCCCUGAAUGCCAAGGAGACCAAGGGGGAUCCAGAUUCCGUCUCAAUCCCAGACCAAGGCCAGCCUAGGAUGAAGAAACAGGCUCAGCUGAGCACGCCAUCCUCAACCCAGGAGAAAGGCACCAGGCCGAAGGCUGUCAAAAUGCAAGGGCCAGUUUGUGGCCUGACACCACUGAUGCCUUUGGCCCCUUCUCCUGAGCCAGAACUGGAGCAAUCCUGGACAGAGAGACAACUGGGGAGCCCCGGAGAGACACCCCUCCACCUAGCAGCUCGAUACUCUCGCGCAGAUGCUGCGCGCAGACUCCUGGGAGCUGGAGCUGAUGCCAACGCUCAUGACCAGUCGGGGAGGACCCCCUUGCACAGCGCCAUUGCAGCCGAUGCACUGGGUGUCUUCCAGAUCCUUCUCCGGCACAGACAUACGGACUUGGAUGCCAUGGCACAUGAUGGCUCCACCCCACUAAUCCUUGCCACUCGGCUUGGAGUCGAAAACAUGGUAGAAGAGCUGGUUGCUAAUCGCGCAGAUAUCAGGGCCGUGGACAAGAGAGGAAAGAGUGCCCUCCACUGGGCUGCUGCAGUCAACAAUGCCCUUGCCACCCUCGUCCUGCUCAGAAACGGAGCCGAUAAGAAUGCUCAAGACAACCGGGCACAGACGCCGCUGUUCCUGGCUGCCCAGGAGGGGAGCUACAAAGUGGCUUGCCUUCUUCUCCAGCACGGAGCCAAGCAGAACAUCCGAGACCACCUGGGCCGCCUCCCCAAGGACGUGGCGCUGGAGCGUCUCCACCACGACAUUGUGUCCCUCUUGGACCCUCCCUGCCCCUCGCGCAUGACUGGCCAGCAUUCGCCACACAGGCCCCGCCCACAGGCCCAUCGGUCUGCGACCAACCCCUACAAGUUGCCAUGGCUACCCUGCAGCUCACAGCUCCCUCCUGUCCUGGAGCAUGAGGGCCCUCCCAAGGAUCUUCCUUCUCCCACACUGCCUGCUAGCCCCUUAAAAGGUCCUGUGGGACCACUGGCAGAGUGACUUCACCCUCUCUGGGCGUGGAAUGGACCAAUGGUCGUGCUGUGGGUCAGUGACACUGGAUUAGGCCAGGCUGUGGCACUCCCCAGGGAGGUCACACAGGGAAGGCAUGAGGAUGUCACAAGAAGCGGCCAUGAAUGGGGGGUAGGUUGGAACGGAACCGUGCCUGAGAGCAGACUGGAUGUCCCACAUGGAGGAGCUUUGAUAUGAUGGAUGUGACAUUGGAGAAGUGCCAAAGAACAUAUCUGAUGUCCCACACAUGAUGUCCCACAGCAAGAGGGAUGCUUGGGCCAGCAAUGACAUCUCACAGAGACUGAGGCAUACAGAGAAGCUUCUAUCACCAUCCCAUUUCUUGCUAUACAACAAAAAUAGAUCUCACACUGGCGGGUUAUAUGGGCCCACCCCCACCCCACUUUUCUGAAUGCCCACUCCCCCCAUACGCAACAUGUUAACUUGUCCCCUCUUUGCUUUAGUGCUGGAUCUGUCAGGAGGCUUCUAAAGGAGACGAGCAAGGCUCAGUUCAGCUGGAUUGCCCAUUACUCCUGCUAAGGGGAAAGAAAGGAGUCCCUCUCCACCUUUGAAACCACCUAAGCUAGUAGCUGUCAUGACAUCUUUUCAUAGCAAAUGCCAUACGUUUGUGCACUGUGUGAAGUGUUUUCUUUGUUUGCCCUGAAGCAAUCUAUUUGACUCUGCAUUCUAGCAUGAUGAGAGAAAGAAAAUCUUCCUUUCUCUCCACUUCUAUAUCAUGCAUUGUUUUAUAAGCCUUUAUCAUGUCCCCUUUCACUCGCUUUUUAAAAAAACUCUAAAAAGCCCCAAACACUUUAUUCUUUCUUUGCAGGAAAGGUGUUUCAGCCCUCCCCUGCCUCUCCAAGACUUUGGCUGCCUUUUUCUGUACCUUUCCCAGCUCUACAGCAUCCUUUUUGAGAUGGAAACCAAGUCAAAUGAGGAAUGGCUGUAGGAGCCAGGUAUAUUUAGCCUGGCAAAGAGCUGACUGAGGGGAAAUCAGAUCUCCAUCUUCAAAUAUCUGAAGAGACAGACUUAUUGUCUGCUCUCCUAGGCAGAACCAGCUGGUUAAAAUUACAAGGAAGCAGAGUCAGGCUAGACAUUAGGAAGAAUUUCCUAAGAGCUGUUGGGACAGUGGAACAGUCUGCCUCAUGCAAUGGUAGGCUCUCCUUUUCUGGAGAUGCUCAAAACAGAAGCUGGGCAGCCAUCUGCACAGUUUCCUGCACAGUUUCCUGCACAGUUCAGGAAGCCCGAGUCGGCCCUGUAUCAGUUCAAGGAAGCCCGAGUCAGGAAUAUCACAGUUCAGGAAGCCCGAGUCGGCCUUAAUAUCACAGUUAAGGAAGCCCGAAUCGGGCCUUAAUAUCACAUUUCAGGUAGCCCAAAGAACAGUUCAGGAAGCCCUUCCCAGUUUCCUGCACAGAGCAGGGGGCUGGACUAAAAGACCUCCCAAGGUUCCUUCCAACUACAAAAGAUUCUGUGAGCCUGCCAAGACUCUAUGCAGUAUUUCAAAUAAGUAGGACCAACUGUGGCCACUUAAUGUAAAGGGAAAUCACUCCAGUUAGAGCUGCUACUUCUUCUCCAGAAGCUGCCCUUCUGCCGUUUAAACACUAGGCUGACCACCAAAAAUUUAAAGAGAAAAAUCCACCCCCCCACCCAAUGGGAUUGUGGUAAAAGCUUCAGCAGCUAAACCUGUGUGUGGUAGGCUCUUGUUAAGAGCACAGGAGCAAACCCAGUGAAAGUAGCACCCCUGCAGACUGUAUGCCUAAAAACAUGCCCUUUAUGGGGCCGUCCUUGCAGCCGCUCUGAGAGUUAAGGUGUGAUGGUUGAUUUACACGUCCUCAGAAUGAGAAUAAAUAAAUUCUGGGGCCAAUGUUGACAAGAUCUAGAACUCAAAUUAUACCUUAAAUAUUUGAAAACAUACUUCUAAAAUGAGUAUAGUGUUUAUCCGUAGCCAUCAAAGUCUGCCUGAAUAAAAUAUGUUUUCCCCCAAAAAGGGAUUUUUUUUCACAUCAAGUUUCUUUGCAGGGAGGGGGGAACCCACCAAUAUCUAAGCCAGGAGUUCUCAAGCUUGGGUCCUCGGCUGUUGCUGGACUGCCACUGCUAUACUCCCCAGCCAACCACAAUGGCCAUAUAUCUGGAGACCCACAUUUGAGAACCUCUAAUUUCAGUAAGAACCUCUUUCCCCACUACUAACAGGCCUUUAAUUGGUUUGGUGGGAUUAAACCUCUCUCAGUCCACAACUUCUUUUCUGGCAAGAGGCAGACAUUCAGCAGAUGUAACCAAACACAGCCCAUCAGCCAUAUACUGUGGCUUGCCAGAGGCUUGACAAUACCAUUAUUUUGCUGUUGCAUUUAAGCAGCAGCAGGAAACGAUCGCUACUUUACUCAUUUGGCCUUCUGUAUUACGUGCAGUGUAGAGUUCUCUGUCGAGAUCCCAAAUCCAGACCUGCAUCUGUCAGCUUUCUAUCUAGCCUACUGCAGUGUCUUCAACAGCUGCAAGGCAUACAGAUUCAGCAGCUGCAGCUAGAGCAUAAGGAUGGCAAUUUCACCUGUUGAAUUUCUGCUGUCAACGCU